AUGGCAAGAUUUCGAUGUCGGACGGUAUUAACUCCUUUACUUGUAAUGUUCCAACUCGCUUCACUGAUCAUUAUCAGUUAUUUAGUUCAGGAAAACAUCACAUUAAAGCAAACUAUUGUAAGUAUUUAUGAUACACAUCAGUUGAAGAUAACUAACACGAGGUCCACAUUGAAGGAAAAUAUUUCUACUAAUAUUCCAACCAAAAUUCUUGUCAAAACAACAUCCAAUAAUUUGGAAAAGAAAAAACGUAUUAUGACCAGAAGCGAUGAUAUUCCCAGUAAAUCUCAAAUGAAAAAGACCACAAGAGCUACUAACAUCAACCGUACCACACUGAAAAGCAGCAGCAAGAAUUACAAUGUCUCGUUUACUGAAAAAAAUUCGCCACCUCACAAACCACGAAAAUUUUCACCUUCAAUGCUAACUAUUGUUGUUUUUAAACCGUCAAUUAAUUAUUCCGAAGCCAACUUUAAUAAAACACUAGAAAGUAUCGGAAGUUUAUAUCCUACCGCACACCAAAUAUUGAACUUAAAUAAUAGUGAGUCACUGAAUUCAACGAUUUCACGUGUAAAAACGGAUUAUUUUCUCAUUUUGGAAGAGGGAGUGAUACUUUCUAACCGCUCUUAUGAAAGUAUUGAUAUGUUAUGGGAUGCAUUAGAGCGAUAUCAGGAGAUUGAUUUUAUUGGUGGUUCUUACUUAGCAGGGGAUAAGCUCCACGUAGCCUGCCAUCACUACCGUCUUUGCAGAUGGACAUUUUCAGUAAGCUACGAGUACGAACGAUCACUUGACAAUGUUAUGAUUUGUGACGGAACUUCGUCCUCGUUUAUGGGUAGACGUGCAAGCCUUGAUAAAAUUAAUGGAUUUGAUUCAAGCAUUCAUAAUACGCUGAUUGUUCAGGACUUUUUCCUCCGAGCUAAACUCAGUAAAAAUGUUUCCGUAGGUACUAUGCCCAAUGUCAUGUUCCUGCAAAAUUACUUCUCAAGUCUGUACGAGUUAUGGCAAUCAGGAAACAUAACAAAGGAUAUAGUUCCAUUUGCAGUAAAACAUAAAGUUUUUAUAUUCAAAGACAUUGAAGAAAAUAUUAUUGAUCUAUGUAGUCAGUCAAGCCCAUUAAGUGGGAAAUAUUUAUGUGAUGAGACACAAGCACACAAACUUAUGCUUGAUGGAGCACAUUGGGCUUACACAGGAAUAUUUGCUUAUCCCUAUAUAUUGAAUCACUUGGAAAUAACUUUAAAUGAAGUGACAAAGUUCUUUGAAGAACACAAUGUGCAAUAUGUAGUCAUUGGAGGGGUAUCAUUAGGAGCGAUAAAAAUGCGUUCUAUUCUACCAUGGGAAGCAGGAGACAUUGAUAUUUAUGUGUAUGGAAUGAGUUUAGUCCAGUUGGCAGACUUAGUUGAACCAUGGGCUAAGAAGAAUGGUUAUUUUGCUUACACAUUUAUGAAGGAAGCUGUCCACAUUUUCUGUACACCUCGUCACCUUGGACGUGUAUCAGGAGGAUUGGCUACACUACAUCCUCAAUCAGAACUACCUCCAAAUUUUGUAAGAAUUAAGACAAACGGUAUCUGGGUCCGCUAUGAUAGAGAAUUUUUUAAACUCUUCCUAAAGCACUACGGCAAAGACUAUCUGCAACAUAAACUUUACAGACAAAAGGAAAUAAUAGAAUGUAAAAUCAAAGACCACAACGCAUGUUUGCCCAACUUUAAGUCACUAUAUCAGGGAAAAGCGGGCACACUGAAGGAAUUUUAUUGCCAGAAUUGA